AUGUCAAAUCAAAUGGUUUAAACAUAAUACAUUUUGCGUGGUGGUGGUUGCGGAUCAUAAAAAAUAAACUCCCUGAAAUCAGGAAUAUCAAAGUUAGAUACUCAAGACCUUCAUAAUUUCUUUAAUAAAUUCAAUUUUUAUGUUGAGAAAAUUUGCACUAAGGCUGUGGUUGCAGCGGAUUACUCAGAAUCAUAAGAAAUAAUGAUAGCUCUAUAAUGGUUUAUUUUUUAAGAAGAAAACAUUUACAAUCUCAACAAGAAUGCCUAAAGUGUAGUGAAAUCAUACGAUUUAAUUUUAGAGGGAAUCAGAAAGUUAUUGAAAAGCUGUUUGAUCUACAUUAGAACAGAUUCUUUUAAGUGCUUAUAUAUUUUAUAAAUAACAGCAUCCCUAUCUAAACUAAUAUUUAGCUUCCAUAUACUAAAAGAAGAGAGAUUUAUGAAAUGUGACAUCUAAUAGGAAUUUUUGGAUAUUUCUGAUGAACUAAGUCAACAUAUGGAAAUAGAAAAGAAUGAUUUGAUUCAAAAUUAAAUGGAACUCUAUCUUUUCUUAACAAAAACUUCUUUCGAAAUUGCUCCCAAUAAUAGUAAUGAAAGGGAAGAAAUUUUAAAAGGAUGUUUAAGCGGUAUAAUUGGGUCAAUAAUUUAAAUGAAGCCAAAUGAAGAAUUACUUGAGUCAUUAUUUCAGGGAGCCUGUCAUCUUUACAAAUAGUAUGUUAUUAGCAACAACAGAAAAUAAUUUGAAGUGUAUUUUUAAAUAGAUAUGUUAUAAUGGGAGAUAAUUAACUAUUUUAAGAAUGAAAAAUUUUAAAACCUAGAUGAAAUAAUUUCACAAGUUGAGGAAAUACAUGAUAAAAUUGUGAAAAAUUCAAAUGUCUGGAAAUAUCAUUAUCUUUGGGUAUAAAUGAUAGGAAAAAUCUUAUAAUAUAAUCCUCCAUUAACAAAGCAGAAAUUAUCUCAGCUGAUAAACUCUUUUAAUCUUGGAGUAAAGUUAGAAUAAAUUUGGAAGGAAUAUUAGAGAAAAGGAUUCCUUAUUUAAAUGAAUCAUAGUAAUGACUAAGCUGUCAUCUAACUAAACUAUCUCUAAAAUAGUUAAUUAAGUGAAAUGGACAGAGCAAUCUUAGAAUCUAAUUUCAAAGAAUGGGAAAUCUUUUUAUUACUAAAAGAUUUUUUCAUAAAUGAACAAUAUCAAAAUAUCCCUUUUACAUUUGGAUCAUAUUUAAAAACAAAAUUAGAAAUUGAAGGAAAAGAACUCUAACAAAAUGAAACUAUAUUGGCAAUUCAUAAUAUUUAAAGGUUUCUAGGUUUUCUGAUUUCCAAUAAGUUAUUAAAUUUAACUAAAUAAAAUGAUGAAAACUUGGAAGAAGUCAUAAAAAUCUCUAGAAAUUUUACUAAAGGAAAGUAAUAUAAUGAAAGUACAACAUUAAAAAUUUCUCUUCAAUAAAUAAAAAAAAUUAUACAGAAAUUAAAGGACUAUUUCUAAAACAUUUAGGAUAUCAUUAAAAUUAUGAGGCUUAAUUAGAACCAUUAAAAAAAGAACUAUGAAAAAAACAAUUUUGAGAAACUUAAUAUAUUUUAAAGAUUAAUAGAGAUCUUACAAUUAUAUGUCAUUUAAGAUUAAAGAAAUCAAUCACUAAAUCAAAAUUUUAUUGACGACAACGAUAUAAUUUAGGAGUAAAGUAAAUCAAUUUUGGAAGAACUUAAACAUGUUGAUUUUAAAGAAUACAAAAUCUCAUUUAUAGAUUUACCAAUAACCCCUCAAAAUAGAAGCAAAAUUCGAAGAAAAGCUGAAAAGUUGAUUGGCAUUUAUCAGAAAGAAAUUUAAAGGCUAGAAACAGAUUUAAUUCAAAAUAACUUAUUGCAAUAUUUUUAGAAUUUAGUCUAUAAUUUAUAUUUAUUUUAUGAAAGCAAGUGCAAUGAACUUUAAGAAAAAUGUUCUUAUAUCAAUUUAUAUCUUAAGGAGAUCAUGAUCAUUAUGUAUUAAAUUGAGACAGUUCCGAAAAUUUUGAGUCUUAAAACAAUUAAAUAAUCCUUUGCCAAUAUGCAUUUACUUAAAUGUCUCGAAAACUUAAGGUACAACAAUCUGAGGCUAAAAUUAAAACUGAUUGAUUCAAAGAGGUCUUUUUCAUUUAUAUUGGAAAAAGCAAAACCAGAAGAAUUGGGAAGGCUGUCAGAAGUUAUAAAUCUUGAUGAGUUUCUACUAAAUGUUGUCAAAGAUUUUCCAUAAAGAAUUAUGAGAGAAAACACUAAUUUUACCUCAUUAAUACAUAAUGAAUUACAAAAUAUUGAAAUCACAAGAGAAGACUUUGAACACAGGUUAUCGAAAUAAAAAGGAAUAUUAACAUAUGUCAUGUUUCAAUAAUGUGUAAAUGAAAAACAGAUUGAAUAAGAAAGAAAAGACUUAGAGUUAAUAGAGAAGGAAUUUGAAGAAUUCUUCUUCAAAGAAACUCCUUCCGAAUUGUCGAUGGAAACAAUUUGGAAAAUUGUUGAAGAUCUAAAAGUUGAGGAAUCAUUAAAAACAGUGAUGGAUGAUAAAUUUAAUUUCUAAGAAUUGAGAUUGGAAAAAGAAAAAUAUUUUAAUUUUUUGUCUCAACUAAGAAAACUUGAAGUUAUAACUAAAGAUUAACCGAUUGGAAAUUGGAAUUUAUUAAUCACACAAACAGAAGCAGUGAUCAAAACAAUUGAAACUUUUGGUUAAACAGACGAGCAAAUUGUCAAAAUGCUAAUUAAUGAGGAACUCAUGAAUUUAAAAACCAUAUUAAACGAUCACAAAAUAACUUAGAAGGAAUAGCAAAUAUCGAUAAUUCAAGAACAAAUAAGACAGGUUGCUAAUGAAAAAAUUAAUGAUACUGAAUAAAUUGAGUUGAAUUUGUAAAUUGAAAGAUAAAGUGGAAAUAGGGAAAUAGGUAGUAUUAAUUAAAUGAGUAAGAAAUUUAAAUUUUGCAGUUACGAUAACUAUAGAACUAAUUUAACAUUUUUGAUUAAGGUAGUAAAGUUAAAAAAAUUAAAACUUCAAUAUGAGAUUGAGCUAUUAUAUAAAUUAUUUGCAGAAGUUGUUAUUUUGUCUGAAAAACUUGAUUAAAUUCAAAAGUUUGAAAUAGAAAUUUAAACUAAAUUCUAAGAAAGACUUUAAUGUUAUAUUUUAGAAUUUAUUAAGAAGUUUGAGUUAUAAUAAUUGACAGAAGAUAAUUUAUAUUAAAAGGAGGGUGAAGAUUUUCAUUUUUACUUGGAAGGAAUAGAAACUAAGCUAAUUAAAAGAGUAAAUGAUACAGGGAUUACUUAAGCUAAUAUAAAUAUUCCUGAUUUUCUAAAUUGCUUAGAGUUGUAUAUAAAGGAACAAUUAGUCAAAUAAAGGUGUUUUUCUAACAUUAAAAUUGGAUAGGAAUUUCUAAUUCAAUAAUUAAAAAAAAUCUAUUUAGAGGGUAUCGAAGAAGAAGGAGAUGAAGAAUCAAAAUAAUAGUUUGGUUUAAUAGAUAAUUAGGUUCAAAAGUCCAAAGAUAUUAUUAAUAAUGACUAGUGGAAAAUUAAAUAGGGAUUAGUGUUUACAAUAAUUUAGAUUUCUUCUAAUUGUUUUUCAGAGAACAUAACUUCUUUCUGUUCGAAAGUUCUUAUCUAAGUGUGGGUUCAAGAAUAGGAUCAAAGGGUUAGAAAUAUUUUAAAAAAUUAAAACUUGAUAGGUCUGUAAAUGUAAGUUUUGUAGAAAGAUUGGUCCACUUAACAUGAUAGAAUUGCAGGUAAAAUGCAGGAAAUGUUGAGGAGAAUUGAUGAAUUGUAAGAGUAGGUUUCUCACGAAGCCAAUCUCAAAAAACAAGAUCUUUACAUGAAAGAAAUAGAUGAUACAACAAUGCAAUUAGAUUAAUAAAUUGAAAAUAUCAGUGAAAUGGGUUAAUAACUGCGAUUGAUAACUGAUUUUGUUAAUCAUAUUCGAAAAGGUUUAAUAAGAGUAGAGGGUAAAAUUAAUGAAAUGAAGGAGUAACUCAAAAGCAUGGGUAACGAUAUUAAACUUUUGAGAGGAAAAACUGUUGAGUAGCUAUUUGAAAUUAGAAAAUGGAAGGUAUUGAAAGAUGCAGCAUAAAAAAAUACUAAGAACAUUUAUGUACCGUUACAAACGUUAGAAAUUAUCCAAAAACAAUAAAAAGAGGAAACUUAGCCAAGUAGUUUGAUGAAUUUAGAAGAUUUGAAUGAUAGGAGAGGAAAGGUGAAUGAGUUUUUAUUAGAAGACAAAACAGUCUUAUUAAUACAUGGGUAAGCUGGAUCUGGCAAAAGUACUACAGCAAAGAAAAUAGAAGAAUUUAUUUGGAAAUAACAUGAAAAAAAUGAAAAAAUUAGAAAUCAAUUGCUCAUACCUGUUUAUAUCUCUUUACCUUCUUUAAAAAAUCCUGUUUUUUAGGUAGUUGAAGAGACACUACAUCAAGACGAGUAUGGAUUUGACAAAUUGUAAUUGAAAGAAUGUAAAGAGAUGUUGGAAAAGAAAGAAUUCAAAUUUCUAUUGAUUAUGGACAGUUAUGAUGAAAUGAAACUAGAGCAUAUUUAGAAAAAUUUAUAUAUAAGUAAUAAACUUAAAUAGAUUUGGUCAGACCCACUUGUUAUUUUUACAACUAGAAGUGAAAUCUUCACAAGUAAUAAUUAUACCUAAUGGUUUGAACCAGAGAAAAAAGAAGAAUUUAAAGAAGUUUAGCUUCUAAAAUUUAAUGAAGAAUAAAUGGAGAAAUAUCUAAAGAAAUUUACAACGUAAAGUAUUAAAAUGUUACUUUUCGAAAUUUAUGAAUGGUAAACAUAAAUUUCAAAUCGAGGAGCUAUCGAUAUCAAUAAGUUUGAAAUUUUUUGGGAAAAAUUCUUCUUAUAAUUUUCCAAAUCAGAAAUAACAAAUAGUGAAAAUCUUCUGAAUGAAAAAUAAAUAGAGAGGAUUGAAUUAUUUUUGAAAAAUGAUGAGUUUAUUGCUUUAAAAAGCACUGAAGCUUUGAGAAGUCUAAGUAUAAAUUUACAAAAGCUAUGGAGUGUUGAAAAGUAUGAAAAAAUGAUAAAGAACAUAAACUUGAAUAAGCUGGUGGAAACUCCUUAUAUGAUGGAAAUUGUGGUCCAAGUGUUACCAGAAAUGGUGAAGAAAGCAACCGAGAUAUAUAAUGUGAAAUAAAAUUUUUUCAAGAAUUUCCCAAAUAUGCUUAAAGUAUUCUACAAAAGUAAAUUUUUAAUCGAAAUGUAUAAAUAACGGCAAAAUCUAACUCAGUUAAAUAAUGAAAUUGAAAAACAAUCUUAAUUGGAAAGUAAGAAUAAAAAUUAUGAAGUUACUUUUGCAGAUUUGGAAAAUUUGGAAAUUAUUAACUAUCGUGAAGUUGCUUUGGAAGUUUGGAAUACAUUAGAAGAAAAUUUAACAACCAUUUAAUUUUAGAUAACGAAAGAAGUAAAUGAUCUCAAAAUAAUACUUUCGAAAAUUAAUUUACUCAUCUCUCCUGUGAUAUCAAAUGCUGCAUUUGAAAAAAUAUUAGUUCCAGAGGAAAAAAUAAUAUAACUAGUUUGUGAUGCAUUAAAAGAGUACAAUCUAACAAGUUAUGACUUUUAUGAAGAGUUUAUUAGUUAGUAUUAUUUGAAAUAAGUAGAAAAAUAGAGAAACUUAGGAAAAUCCAUAAACAUUGAUAAUUUUGUUCAUGAUCUAAAAAAAUUUUCAAUUGAGCUUGCUCAAAAAAUGAGUUUUAAGCAAGUAACUUAGGUCUAGUAUCAAUAAAAAGGAUUAUUAUAUUCCGAGUAAAGCGAUGAAGAAGAAUGGUUCAAGAAAUUUUUUAAUGAUGAUUGUAAAAAUGGGAACUAUAAAAAGGACAUAAGGAGUUGUUCUUUGGUUCGAUAGAAAGGUGUAAGUUUUUAAUUUGUUCAUAAAUCCAUCUAAGAAUUCUUGAUCGCUUCAGAUUUAUACGAAGUUUUAGUUCUAUUCGAAAAUCUUAAUACUAAAAUAUAUAGUAAAAUUCUAGAAAUUUUGGGUAAAGAAGUAAAAUAAGAUGUGGAUUGCUUAACAUUUUUUUCCUCUCAUAAAAAUUAUGAGAAUUUUAUACCGUUUCAUUCUAUAUCAAAUUAUUAGAACAAAUCAACACUUGACACUCUCAAAAAUGAUAUGCAAUAGACUUUGAAUCUUCUGAAAAUUCUAAAGAAACAUGAGUUCAAUAGAAAUAAUUAUUCCUCCGACAUUUAUAUAGAAACAAAAAAAUUUUUGAUUUAAAAAAUAUAAAAAAAAGAAAAGAUUAUAGAAUUGCUGAAAUUUCUUGUAUAUCUAACUGCAUUUGAUAAAAGUUACAUCGUUUGUGGAUCAAACUCACUUAAUUUAUUAGUUGAUAUGAAAGUUGAUCUAACUAGUCUUAAUUUCGAGAAAAUAAAGAUCAAAAAUACUUCCUUAAUAGGAGGUAAUUUUGUAAAUUGUAAUUUCAAUUAAUCUGAAUUUACUGAUGUGAACAUAAAUGGAAUUAAUCUAAAUGGAGCAUAAAUGUUUGGCUGUAAAUGGAAGAAUCUGAAGAUUAAUGAUUUGUAUUCAUUAUAUGGUCAUUAAGAUGGUGUUAAUUCAGUUUGUUUCUCACCUGAUGGUACUACAUUAGCAUCUGGUAGUAGAGAUUACUCUAUCCGUUUAUGGGAUGUUAAGACAGGAUAAUAAAAAGCCACAUUAGAUGGUCAUUCUGCUUAAGUUAUUUCAGUCAAUUUCUCUCCUGAUGGCACUACUUUGGCAUCUGGAAGUAAAGAUGACUCUAUUCAAUUAUGGGAUGCUAAGACAGGAUAAUAAAUAGCCAAACUAGAUGGUCAUUCAGGUUGGGUUAAUUCAGUCUAUUUCUCCCCUGAUGGUACUACAUUAGCAUCAGGCAGUAGGGAUAAUUCUAUCCGUUUAUGGGAUGUUAAGACAGGAGUAUAAAAAGCCACAUUAGAUGGUCAUUCAGAAGAAGUUCUAUCAGUCUGUUUCUCCUCUGAUGGUUAUACAUUAGUAUCAGUUAGUCUUGAUAACUCAAUACGUUUAUGGGAUGUAAAGACAAAAUAAUAGAAAGCCAAAUAAGGCGGCAAUUUAGAUAAUGUUAGCUCUGUUUGUUUCUCUCGCGAUGGUACUACAUUAGCAUCUUGUAGUUAUGAUAAUUAUAUUCGUUUAUGGGAUGUUAAAACAGGGAAAUUAAAAGCCGAAUUGAAAUGUAAUUAAAAUAGAGUUCAAUAUGUCAGCUUCUCUUCUGAUGGUACUACUUUAGCAACUGUGAAUGAUAGUAACUCUAUCCUUUUAUUGGAUGUUAAGACAAGAUAAUAAAUAGCAAAGUUAGAUGGUCAUUCAGGAGAAGUUCUAUCAGUCUGUUUCUCUCUUGAUGGUACUAUAUUAGCCUCUGGUGGUAACGAUGACACUAUCCGUUUAUGGGAUGUUAGGGCAGGAUAAUAAAAGAUAAAAUUAGAUGGUCAUUCAUACCUAGUUCGAUCAGUCUGUUUUUCUCCUGAUGGUAUUAUAUUAGCAUCUGGUAGUGAGGAUAUGUCUAUCCGUUUAUGGGAUGUUAAGACAGGAUAAUAAAAAGCCAAGUUAAAUGGUCAUUCAGAGGGAGUUCUAUCAGUUUGUUUCUCUCCUGAUGGUACUACAUUAGCAUCUGGUAGUGGAGAUAUGACUAUCAGUUUAUGGGAUAUUAAGAUGGGAUAAUAAAAUACUAAGUUAAAAGGUCAUUCUGAUGCAGUUAGAUUAACAUGUUUCUCUCCUGAUGGUACUACCUUAGCAUCUGGUAGUGAUGAUCACUCGAUUAGGUUAUGGCAUGUUAAGACAGGAUAAUAAAAAGCAAAACUAGAUGGUCAUUCAGAUAUGGUUUUUUCAGUAUGUUUCUCUCCUGAUGGUAUUACUUUAGCAUCAGGUAGUGAGGAUAAGUCUAUCCGUUUAUGGGAUGUUAAGACAGGAUAAUAAAAAGCCAAGUUAAAUGGUCAUUCAGAGGGAGUUCUAUCAGUUUGUUUCUCUCCUGAUGGUACUACAAUAGCAUCUGGUAGUGAUGACAAGUCUAUCCGUUUAUGGGAUAUUAAGAUAGGAUAAUAAAAAGUCAAAUUAAAAGGUCAUUCUGAUGCAGUUAGAACAAUAAGUUUCUCUCCUGAUGGUAAUACAUUAGUAUCUGGUAGUAUAGAUUAGUCUAUUUGUUUAUGGGAUAUUAAGACAGGAUAAUAAUAAAAAGUACAAUUAGAUGGUCACGAAAAUUGUGCUACUUCAGUCUGUUUCUCUCCUGAUGGCACUAAAUUAGCAUCUGGUAGUAUAGAUGGCUCCAUCCGUUUUUGGGAUGUUAAGACAAGAUUAUACAAAUCCGAAUUAGAUGGUCAUAGCAAUUCAGUUCGAUCUAUCUGUUUUUCUCCUGACAGUACUACUUUUGCAUCUUGCAGUGAUGAUAAUUCUAUUAGGUUAUGGGAUGUUAAGACAGGAUAAUAGAAAGCCAAGUUAUAUGGUCAUUCAGGUUAUAUUUAGACAGUCUGUUUCUCUCCUGAUGGCAAUACAUUAGCAUCUGGUAGUAUAGAUUAGUCUAUUCGUUUAUGGAAUUCUAAGACAGGAUAAUAAUAAGUCAAAUUAGAUGGUCACGAAAAUUGUGUUAGUUCAGUCUGUUUCUCUCCUGAUGGGACUAUAUUAGCAUCAGGUAGUAUAGAUUAGUCUAUUCGUUUUUGGGAUGUUAAGACAGGAUAAUGUAAAACCAAAUUAGAUGGGCAUAAAAAUUCAGUUCGAUCAAUCAAUUUUUCUCCUGAUGGUACUUAAUUAGUAUCUGGUAGUGAUGAUAACACUAUCCGUGUAUGGGAUGUUAAAACAGGAUAAUAAAAAGUCUAAUUAGAUGGUCAUUCAGAUGCAGUUAUAUCAGUCUGUUUCUCUCUUGAUGGUACUACAUUAGCAUCUAGUAGCUAUGAUAGAUUUCUUCAUUUAUGGGAUAUUAAAUCAGGACAACCUAUUUUACCUACAAAUGAUUGUUAUUAAGAAAUUAUGGCAUAAUUUAAACUUUCCAAAUUUCAAUCCUAAUAUCUUCCUAAUAGUAGUAUUUAUUUUUUGCUAUUUAGCUUCCCACAUCAUGACUAUCAUUCUAAUAUCACGAUAGUUAGUUUUUUAAUCAAAAGAGGCUUUGGUCUUAAAAGGAGAAUUUGUUAAUCAUUUAGGUAUAGAUUUAAAGAAAUUAUUUUAAUAAAGAGGAAGUUUAAUUUUGGUAGAACCUUAAUGUUAGAAUAAUUGA